AGUAGCGCAUGGAGCUGUUGAACGCUAUCACUCUCGUUUAGGCUUUGGGGAAAGAGCACAAUACGUCUGUGCGUCCGAGAAACAGGAAUAGGCAAUAAAGAAGAAACAACUUUUUAAUGUUCGAGUGUGAAUAGUGAAGUUGUACCAUCUUUAGGCUUUGCAGACUACGCUACUUUUCUAGAGACAUUCGGCCGACCAGGGCAACAUGAGCGAGCGCUUUGACUGCGACAACUGCAAAGAAUCCCUGUAUGGGAGGAAGUACAUUCAGGCGGAGGCCAACCCCUACUGCAUUCCCUGUUACGACAGCCUGUUUGCCAACACCUGCGACGAGUGCAAGGAACUCAUUGGACAUGAUGCCAGGGAGCUGUUCUAUGAAGACAGACACUACCACGAGCACUGCUUCCGUUGUUUCCGCUGUGACCGCUCACUGGCUGAUGAGCCCUUCACUAGCCAGGAUGACGCCCUGCUCUGCAAUGACUGCUACUGCAACGAGUUCUCCUCCAAAUGUGUGGCCUGUGACAAGACCGUCAUGCCUGGCACCAGGAAACUGGAGUAUGGUGGCUCCACAUGGCAUGAGGGCUGUUUCAUUUGCAGCAGCUGUGAACAGCCUAUUGGCUCCAAGUCCUUCAUCCCAGAUAAAGAUGACCACUACUGCGUGCCCUGCUAUGAGAACAAGUUUGCCCCUCGCUGCACCCGCUGCAAACAGAUCUUGAGCAAAGGUGGUGUGACCUACCGUGAUGAGCCCUGGCAUAAGGAGUGCUUCUUGUGUACAGGCUGUAAGGCCCAGCUGGCUGGCCAGCACUUCACCUCACGAGAUGACAGGCCAUACUGCCUCAAGUGCUUUGGCAACCUCUAUGCCAAGAAAUGCGAGGCCUGUAGCAAGCCAAUUACAGGUUUCGGUGGAGGGAAGUACAUCUCAUUCGAGGAGCGUCAGUGGCACCAGACGUGCUUCAUGUGCAGCCGAUGCUCCGUAUCACUCGUGGGAGCUGGCUUCUUCCCGGAGAGAGACGAGAUCCUCUGCCGGGAUUGCAACGGCAAACUAUAGAGCCUCUGUUUACACUCUUCUCCCCAUUCUGCCAGUCGCUCACAGACACCCCCCCCCCCCCCCACACACACACACACGCAUGCAUGCAUGCAUGCCUCCACCCUCCUAAACUCCCAGAAUCCCCAGAGCUUUCACCCAUUCUGAUCCUGCUCAGCAAGAACCACUAUGAAUACAGCACAGCUGUCUGAUCUGCAUUUGAUACUCAACCUGGACAGGCACAAACACACAUACAGCAUGCUGGAGGCACGUGCUGCAUCACAUUUUUGCUCAGAUAAAUAUGUUUUUGUAGGCAGUUCUCUGUUUGCAGUAAAGCAAUACAGCUCCCUAAAGGUCCAUGCAAGACCAGGCUUAGAAAUAGUAAAUCUAUGGAGAAUUCUGCCUUACGAGUAAGUGUUACUUACCUUUCAGGUGUUUUAAGCCUUUUUAAAAAUAAUUUUUAACUUUUGGCAAUUUCCUUUUAGAUUUUAUUCAUAGCCAAUUACUGUUGUUACAGGUCUUUUUUUUUUCAAUCCACCAGCCAAAAAACAUCAAGUUCAUCUGCGAGUGCUAAGUGUUAAACUUAUUUUAACUUCUUCCUUGUAGAUUUCCCAGCUGGCUGGUGUAGUUCUGACAUUGGUGUGGUAGAGAUGAGCUCAUCUUGUUCUAUUUGGCCCUCUAGGGGACUCUUAUCUACAGACAGAAUAUGCAAACUCAGCAAUGCUCAUUUUGCACUGUUGAAGCAGUGCCUGAGAAGAACUACCCGGUACUUCUCACCCUGUAGGUUGCCUUUAUCCAAAGAGGGCUUGAAAAGCAAUAGCUUUUAAUAUGGAAACAGUAAGAAAAAUAUUUUAAUAUCGAAACAGCAAGAGAAAACUUUUAGUAUGGAAACAGCACAGUGGAAAGCUCCACCCAGUCAAACACGACUGGUUAGAGCAAUUAACAGUGAGUGGUUAUAGCCCAUAAAAUUCUCAAGUGGAUUCCAUCAUAAAUCUUGCUUGGCUGGCUGUGCAAUCAGAUUACAAGAUAUACCACUUUCUAAAAUGUUUCAGAGACUUCAAAGACUUUUAUGGCUUUGGACAAAGGUAGCAGCAGCAGGAAACAGACAUUGGUAAAUUUAUUUGGAUGCAACCAGUAGUAGAAGUUAGACUUUAAAAGACAAACGUGAUGAUUUGAUAAAAACCUGGGGUGAGUGUUUGAAUGCUGCUUUACACUUUCAGCCAUCACUGUAACAGUGUAACUACACAGUUGAUUGUGGUAUAAUAUGCUGGGUAACAAUUUGUAAGAAUGUAUUAAUACAUGUUCUCUCUCUGUAGUUACAAUGUACACAUUGAUAUUGUCUUCCUUUAUGUUAUGUAUGUAUUGUUACACUUUAUUACUCAGUUUAUUAAACUGAAAUUGCUGUUUUAGUUACACUGUAAUGGCAGUGAUAUAAUGUAAAAUGCAACCAAAUACUGUAAUCAGUGAGCACUUCGGGUGCCAUGUUUGCUCAUAUCUUUCACUAUAUUGUUACUAAACAAGUGGUAUCUUAUGUCAGAGUACAUUUGAUGCUCUAAUGGAGUAUUCCAAAGACAUGUAUUUAGAACAACAAAAAGUCACUUCUUGCAAAAUUUGGGAAAUGAAGUUUGCAACUGUGUUUUAGAGAAAACAUUAUAGCAUUUGCACUAUAGCUGGAAUUAAGCAUAUCUUGUGCACAGACAGUAGUCAGAGAGUUAAAAAAAAAACAAAACAAAAAAAAACCACAGCAUGCAUGCACUGUAUAUAAACAAGAAAAACCACUCCCUAAUCCUGGACUGCUUGCUAUACCUCUACCCAGUAUUUGCUAUACCUCUACUCUGUAUCUUAUGUACUUUACAUUUUUUUUAUUGUGAGCCAUAGAUGCUAAGUGUCCAUGCUAGCAGGAUGGUAUGCAGGCUGUGCUCAUGCUUUAUUUCUUUUCACAUCUUUAAUUGGUUAUUGUUCUAUCAUUUGACUAAUUUCACAAUUAAAACGUUUCCAAAUAAUAUGUAUUCUCUUGAGCUUUGAUGCUGGCUAGUCAGAGUUAGAUAAUGCUUUUUUGAAAACUGUAAUGGAGAUUUAGAUUGGGGGUUUGGUUAGAGUAAUAAAAGAAAAACGCGUUGAGAUCGAAA